AUGCUUGCGGUCGUGGAAGCUCUGCUAUUCAGGGUCGAUGGGUACGAGGGCGUGCCCGAGCAGACUACAUCCGCCCAGGAAGCAAUUCGCAUUGCUGCAUUAGGUGCGACGGGAGCGGGCAAUGCGAGUGCGAAGGCUUCCAGAGAUUGGGCCGGUAGUUUGGUGCGUUUGGUGUUGUCAACCACAUUCUCCGUCAACACGGUCACCCUUCUGAAUAGGUUCCGGGAGAUGGUUUUCGAACCGGAUGCAUAA